AUGCCGGUUGGGCCAUUCGAUAGACGCAAGAAGCGAUCGCGGUGCCUUGCAUGUGCUGCAAGCCAUCUCAAGGCAGGUACCGAGAAUUUCGUCAUCUGUUCUGGAAGUGUUCCGUGCAGUAACUGUGUGAGAAGGAGGGUUGAGUGUACUUUUGAGAAGCAGAAGCCUAAGCAGAUCUGGAUCAAUCAGGAUGAAUCUGGCAAAAAGGAGGUUACAAGGGUUUCAGCUGCUACCUGCAAAAGUCAGCCUCCUCGAUUGGUUACCAUCUCUACGGGUGAUCAGAUCUACUAUCUUUCUCACUACUUCGACACGUUCCUACGGCGGAAUAACUGCAACCCCAGGACGAACAUCUUCACUGAUGUUGUCAGUUUGAUGAAAGAUCAAGAAUCGGGAACAUUCCUUCACGAUGCCGUCCUUUCACUUGGUGCUAUGCAAGCCGUCAAGUUGAACGCAUCAGAAGGUAUUGAUCCAAGCAAGAGUUACAACUUGGCUGUGCAUCACUACUCCAAGUCCGUGCUGGGUUUGAGAAACGCUCUUGAGAAAUUUGAUCAAGAGCCCAGCGCCCGGCAUCGCAUCUUGUGGACUACACAUCUGCUGGGGCUGUUUGAACUUAUGACUGAUGCGACUGGCGAAGGAUGGAUACAACACCUAGUCCACGGCACUUCCAAAGCACUUGUCGCUGCAGGUCCAACAUCAUGCCAAUCAGGGCAUGGACAACGCUUUUUCACUGAAAUACGAGUCUUUGAAGUCUGCCGAGCUAUUAUAUUCAACGAGCCAACUUUUCUUGCAAAAGCAGAUUGGAGAUGUCUCACACGGGAGAUGAGGGCCAAAGAGCAAAGUAAUAGUGACUCGUUGGAUGAACUUCUGGAUAUCAUCGUCUCAUGCUCAACCCUGCGUGUUCGGGCGAAGAACCUUAUCUACUACUCGGACGCAGAUAAUGUUGGUCUCCCAAAACAUCUCGACGAAGCUUUUGACGUUGCUCAAGAAGGCUUCCGGCUAAGACAAGCUCUCGUCGACUGGGAAGCCAAAGGCGUACCCCCAAAACAGCUGACUGCUGAGAAUGCAAGUGGAAACUUCUCAUCCUUGACCAAAACAUUCUUCGCAGCCACAAGUAUCUACCUCUCCGGAGUCUUCGACUACGAAAUUCCAUAUUGGCAAGACAUGGGGAUUGUGGCGCCCAACUUGAGCGAAGAAGAGAUACAAAUGCAUGUCAUCAACAUAUUGACGCAUACGAAUAGUGUUUUGCAUAAUUCUUCCAUCUCUCCGUUAUUGGUGCUCUUUCCACUGCGGGUUGCUGGUGCACGGUCUUGGCAGGGUUGGCAGCAGGAUUGUAUCAUGCAGAACUUGUUGGUGGUUGAGCGGACAUUUCCUGUUGCAGCGGCUUUUAGGGCUGACUUGAUGGGUGUAUGGGCUCGGAUGAGUCCCCCGAUAUAG